UAAACUCAGGAACGAAGAAGAGAAGAGCAAUCUCAAGCAACGUUAAAGAUGAAGUACUCUUCGCGAGUGUUGGUCUCGGCCUCUACAAUGGCUGCUCUUAUAAUUCUUAUACUUCUUGUCCCAGAAUCAGAGGGGGCUAUAUCUUGCAGUGAUGUGAUCAAGGACUUGAGGCCUUGUGUGAACUACCUUAAGAGUGGAAGUGGGAAUCCACCAAGUGCUUGUUGUGCUGGAGCUUCGUCUCUUGCAUCAGCUACAUCCACCACUGCUGAUAAGAAAACUGCCUGUUCAUGCAUCAAAUCAGCAGCCCAGAAAAUGACCAUCCAGACCCAGUUAGCCCAGGCUCUCCCAGGAAACUGCGGAAUCACACUGUCUGUUCAAAUUUCACCCAACGUCGAUUGUUCCAAGAUUAGUUGAUUAUGAAGAAGUGGUCUCUAGCAUACAUAUGAAAUAAGUGAAGUAUUUGUACCCUGUAUCAGCGAAGGCAUUUUCAAUAAGCGGAAUCUGUCGAUUGCAUUAUUGGAUUCCUUCAAUAAAUAAAGAUCUUUAUCUUUUAUUGUACCCCGGAUAAAACAAAUAAUACAAAAGUACUAAAAUUAAAGAGUGCUAUAUAGGAA